AUGAACCUGAGUCUUAUCAGUGCUUACUUCAAAGUGACGGAGGGAGAGAGAAAGAAAGUGAAAUAUGCAGCAAAACUUGCAGAAGAAUGGAAUGAGCUGUAUCCCGAUAAACCGUUCACCGGAAAACACCUGCUGGCUCAAAUAAAAAACAUAAAAACUAGAAAACUUUUAGCUCCUGACGAAUUAGAUAAGCUGAAAUCCGAGGCACUAGUCCAGUCUCCAACAUCCAGACUCAUAAAUAUCAGGAGGAGUAUUCAAGGUUCGGCGAGCACCCCACGGCUAAGCAUAAGAUCGCUGGCGAGGGAAGAUGAACAUCAAGAACCAGUGACACCGCUUGAUGAGUCAACUCGUGAGAUACUCAAUUUAUUUGAGGAAAUAAGCAUGAAAUGGACUGGCAUACCGAUUGAUAAAAGACCAAGAAUAGAGCGCAUCAAACUGAACCCGGAAACGAAGAGAACUAUGGAAGCGGUUGACAGAGCCCUAGAGGAGACGAUUGCUAAAUCGGGAGAACUGGAAGAACUCUGUCACAAGGUUUACUGUGCAGCAACUGUGGCAAAUCUCAUUUUACAAACACCUACAAGACAACAGACCCACAGAGGCCCGUACCAGAAACCACCAUGGGAAAAAAGGAUGGAAACAAGAAUUGCAACCCUAAGAAAGGAGAUAGGGAUCAUACAUGUAGCGCUGAACCAGCAGAUGAGCAAGAAAGUUCGGAAAAAGCUUAAGAAAUAUUUGCAAAGAAUCAACCUCAAGGAAAGUGACCACCAUUACAAACUUAAACUGCAAACACACGUUGAGAAACUGAAACAAAAAUUAGCAGCCUUGGGAAAUCGUCUCAGAAGAUACCACAAAAGAACUCUGAGGUAUCAACAGAACAACCUCUUUGCGAACAACCAAAAAAUGUUCUUCAGGAAGCUAGACGAACGAUCAAGUAUAGAAAAGAGCGCUCCCCCAAACCAAGAAGAAAUGAGACAAUAUUGGUCAUCUAUUUGGUCUCAUACAGUGUCACACAAUACACAGGCGAAUUGGAUUGCAACUGAAAGGCAUAUACACCAGAACCUACAAGAAAUGUCAGCUGUAGCGUUCAUUGAAGAGGACAUAACAAAUAGCGUAAGAAGGAUGAAAAACUGGGCCUCGCCAGGCAUUGAUGGCAUUCACAAUUACUGGUGGAAGUCGCUGACCUCUACACACAAGAUUAUGGCCACUCUAAUGCAGAAGGCACUCGUGAAUCCCAACACAAUACCCAAAUAUUUCACAAAGGGCAUUACCAUAAUGCUACCCAAGAAGGGAGAUCUCUCGAAACCGGAAAACUAUAGGCCAAUAACAUGCCUGCCGUCAGCAUACAAAAUUAUUACGUCCAGACUUGCACACAAAAUCAACACCCACCUCAACAUCAAUAAGAUCAUGGCAUGGGAGCAGAACGGCUGCAAAAGCAAAAGCCGCGGGUGUAAGGAACUCUUGGUGAUUGACAAUGCAGUAACUAAACAAGCAAAAAAAAGGCAAAAAAACCUAGCCAUGGCAUGGAUCGAUUACCAGAAGGCCUACGAUUCAGUACCACACUCAUGGUUGCUGGAAAUUCUUGAAAUUUACAAGGUGGAACCACGUGUAAUCGAAAUGUUGAGGGUUUUGAUGACUACAUGGCGAACAACACUUACUCUGGGGGAAACAUCGACUCCGUAUGAAACGGCUGAAAUCGAGAUCAGAAGAGGCAUCUUUCAGGGCGACAGCCUGAGCCCGUCAUGGUUCUGCUUAGCUCUUAACAUCCUCAGCAGCAUGCUAAACAGGUCAACGUAUGGUUACUCGAUCACAGAUCGAGCAAGGCUUUCUCAUCUUUUCUAUAUGGAUGACCUGAAGCUGUAUGCGAGGGGAAGGGCACAACUGGAGGGACUCUUGGAAUUGGUAAGGACAUUCAGCGAAGACAUCCGGAUGAAGUUCGGCUUAGAAAAGUGUGCAUCACUAAUUAUAAGAAGAGGAAAGAUGGUGGAGGAGGAGAAUAUAAGGAUGAGAAGUGGUGAAGAAAUAAAAAGCCUAAAUACAGAAGACAGAUAUAAAUAUUUAGGAAUACAACAAACAUUCGAAAUAAAACAAUCAGAAAACAAAGAACAUGCUAAAAUUGAAUUAAUGAGAAGAACAAAACUUAUCCUCAAAACACAGCUCUCAUCAAAAAACAAAAUAAUGGCGAUCAACAUCUGGGCCAUUCCUUCGUUCACCUAUACUGCUGGGGUGCUCUCAUGGUCGAAGACAGACCUGCAACAAAUAGAUAGAAAAAUCAGAACUACCUUCACACAAUUCGGCCUUCUUCAUCCUAACUCGGCCAUAGAAAGAGUGUACUUGCCUCGUAAAGAGGGGGGUCGUGGCUUGAGCUCCGUUGAGAAUGCAUGCUGGAAAGAAGGAAGAAAUAUUAGAAAGAGCUUCAAUAAAACAUACUUACCAGUUCACCAAUGGAUAGCAUACCAGGAAGGGAUCCCACCUGUGGAGGAAGCGAUCAGUGGAAACAGACCUGAAAAAGAAAAUGUGCUAGAUGAGCUCAGGCAGAGAUGGCAGGCAAAACAACUACAUGGGAGGUUCUAUACAAGCUUACACCAAGAUGAUGUGGAUAUACCAGCGUCGAAUACCUACCUCACACAGGGAUACUUGUUUCCACAAACAGAAGGAACUAUUUUUGCCAUCCAGGACCAGGUGGUUCCCACACGCAACUACACCCACCACAUCAUGAAAAAGCAACUCGAGACAACCAAAUGCCGACUUUGCAAUGCCGCAGAGGAAACAGUGCAGCAUCUGUCAGCGGGAUGCUCCACUAUCGCAGGAACCCAAUACCUUUCCCGCCACGACAAUAUGGGGAAGGUGGUGCACCAACUGCUUUGCCUUAAUAAACAGCUGAUCCAACAUUUCACCCCGCACCAUUUGUAUACGCCGGUGCCUGUACUAGAGGAUGAUAACACCAAGGUGUAUUGGGAUCUCACUGUAAUCACUGAUGUGGGGGUUGAACAUAAUAGGCCGGAUAUGGUGGUCUGGAAUAAGAAUGAGAAGACUGCCACCAUAAUCGACUUUGCAGUUCCCCAAGAUUACAAUAUGAUGAAGACCUAUGGGGAAAAAAUUAGCAAAUAUGCUCCACUAGCCUGGCAGAUGAAAGAUCUAUGGAAGCUAAAAAAGGUUGAUAUUGUGCCACUAAUCAUGAGCGUGAACGGUCUAGUGCUGAAGAAAACUAUUACGCAUUUGGAGGAACUACAGCUACCUCACAGCGCUAUAACAUGGAUGCAGAAGGCGGUUAUACUUGGGACCGUCGGCAUAAUUAGGCGAGUCGUCUCUCCACACUGA